AUGCAGGACUCGAAGCAGCGCCGCGCCGCCCACGGCGCCGGCAAGCCGUGGCGCGCCGGGGCGGGCGGCGCCGCGGGCGGCGAGCGGCUGAGGACGUACCAGCCAAACCUUGCGCGAGAGCUGGCCGACGAGGCGCGCCGCACCAAGGGCGCUGCUGGCACCGAGGCGGCGCAGCGCGCAGCGCUGGCGGCCAAGGCGCGCGCCAAGGCGGAGCGCUACCAGCAGGCGCAGCAGCGCCACGCCGCUGAGGUGGCGGCCCAGCGCGACCGCGAGUUCCAGGAGACGCUGGCCGUGGUGGUCUCAGGCAUUGUCGACGGCGAGGGCGUGACGGGCGAGACGAGCGCGGCGGUGGAGGACGCCGGCCGCGCGUACGCGGCCCGCCAGGCGGCGCUGUACGAGGAGUGGCGGGAGCAGGUGUUUGAGAAAAUACAGUCGCGCAUCCAAGAGGGCGUUGCGCGCCACACAGUGGCUGAGAUCGAGGCGCGCCUGCAAGAGGCGGCCGCAACGUACGUGCGCGCCACUAACGAGAAGCCCUAUGGUAUCUACUUGGACGUAGUGCUGCCGGAGCAGUACGACCCCCUGGCGCCGCUCGCGCGCACGGUCAAGAUCACGACGCGCGACGUGUUUGACCCGGUCAAACGGGACUUGCUGAAGGCGCAAGCGGAGCGGGACCUGCUGCGCGUGCCGGUGGAGGGCGCGGCUGCGACGCGCGGCCGGGUCAAAGGUGAAGCCUCUGGCUGGGCGAGCGGCAGCGGCAGCAACAGCAGCGGCAGCGGCAGCGGUGGCACAUUGUGCAGCACAGGCGGUGGCGGUGGCAGUGUGCUGCGCGCGGGCUCGCCGUCACGGCUCGCGCCGGCGCAGACGCGGCAAAUGCUGGAGACGACCAAUUGGGGCGCUCUGCGGAUCAAGGCGACGCCUGCAUGCCACUGCAUCGACUCGGCCGGCCUCUACUCUGUGCGGCCGCCCGCGCCGGCGGCGCUGGUGAUGGGCGCCAGCAGGGUGGUGCUCGACGACUUCUCGGCACCGGCGCCCGCAGAGUGCCGCCCGGGGAAGCGGGUGGGAGGCGGGGAGGCGCGGCGGGAUCACAUCGAUGACAUCGUCAAGUGGAAGUGA